AUGACUAGAAACGAUAGUCUUGACGACCUUCGUGUAAGUGAACGUGAGCCAAUGUAUCCCGACUCUUUAACUGUCGCUCCACCUGGACGUCGUCCUGCUCCACCACCUCCACAACAUGGAACUUUAGAUCCUACACGUCAAAUGCCAAGUAGUGAACUACCAUAUUAUCGUACAGAUAGUGCACCAAAUGCUCAAGGGUAUCCAAACGCUAUACUUGAAACAGGAAAUAAUGGAUACUCGAUGAUGAAAACACCAGUCGAACUCAAGAAAAUUCCAAGUACCAAACAACUUCGUGCUGCAGAUGAAAGUUCUGAAGAUAGUUAUGAUAGUGGAAGUUAUGUGACGGAUAAAAUUCAAGGUGCAAUGAAUGAAGGAAUUGGAUGGUUUCAUGCGAAGAUUAAAGUGGAAAAUUCCAUUCAUUGGGCAAAUAAUUACAAGAUUCAAUGUUGUAUGUUUCUCAUUUUUAUCUGUGGAGGUGCGACAACGAUUGUAUUCUCUGAUAAUGAUGCAAGAGUUUCAGUUGGAUUGGUUUCUGGUAGUCUCAUUACACUCUUUUGUUGUUGUGCGGUGGUUUAUACGUUUGUGACACGUCCAACAUGGCGAAAACAUCCCAAUCCGAUUAUUUUCUUUCGUAGUAUUUGUGAUAUUUGUCUCGUAGCUGUUUUAUUGAUUACUGAGCUUUAUAAAUGUGGAAAUGGGGAUUGUUCCAAUUCACUUACUGGAGCAUCAUGUACAGCAACAGCAGCAUUAACACAAUUUUUCUUAUGGACAUCAGAAAGUUGGUUCUUUGUUAUGGCUAUUGAUAUGUUAUCAUCAUUACAAAGUCCAUUUACCGAUUAUAAAAGUAAUGUUCGUCGUUAUCAUGGAUUUGUAUGGAUGACAGGUCUUUUAACGUGUAUUCUUCUCGUAUCAAUUCCUGAUUUUGCUGGUGAAUCGGAAUUUGGUUAUUGUUGGACUGCAAGUGAAAGUAAAUUGCGUCAUCAUCGUACGGAUACUCAAAUUUCAAAAGAAACGGGAAAUCUUUGGAAUCUGAAUUUUCAAUCGUGGUUGCUCUUUUACAUUUGGCUUAUUCUCUAUUGGGUCUAUGCUAUCACAGUCAUCUAUUGGGCUUAUAGACGACUCAAUUCGGGGUUAUCAGAGACAUUACGUAUGCGAUUACGUGUAUUACACUCAGUCACAAUCUAUGUGAUUGCAAUUAUUAUUUACUGGGGUCUUUCGUUUUGUAUUUACGUUCCAUUCUUAGUACAAGGUCAAGAUCGUUCGAGUUGGGUGGCUCAAAUGAUGAAUUUCAUGAUUACAUGUAAAGGAUAUUUUGAUUUUGUUGUCUGGUUUCAAAUGAAUGAUUUUCAUGAAGUAGCGAAGAAAGGAAAAGGGAUGAAAGCUGGUGUUGAUGUGGAUGUCGAUUUAAGUCCACAAGUGAAUUUAGCUUUACGUUGUGAAGUUUUGUAUUAUACAACCACCGGAAUUAUUCAAGCAGUUCGUGAUACUCAACAUCUUCCACCAGGUGCAAAUCAACAAGAAUUAUAUUUACAACCUCAAGGUACUGAAGAUAAUCGUGGAUCACUUGGAGUUGAUGAAUAUAUGAUUCGAACACGUCCAAAAGCUGCUCUUGGUAAAGGAACGUUGUUUAUUGAUUAUUGUCCUCAUACGUUUCAAACCAUUCGGGAACAUUUUGGAAUUAAAACGAAUCAAUAUAUUGAAAGUCUCAGUCGAACAACAAAGGAACGAUUAAGUGAAGGUGCUAGUGGUGCCUUUAUGUUUUUCUCACAUGAUCAACAAUUAAUUGUCAAGAGUAUGAGUGAUGAAGAAUCAGUGUUUUUACGUUCCAUUGCAGCUGAUUACGCUUCGUUCUUGUUAACAAAUCCCGAUAGUUUACUUACAAGAUUCUAUGGAUGUCAUGCUAUUCGAUUAUAUGGCAAUACAUUUAAUUUUGUUGUCAUGGCAAAUCUCUUUAGUACUGAAAAAGUGAUUCAUCGACGUUAUGAUAUUAAAGGAUCUUGGGUUAAUCGUAGUGCGAAACAUCCAUCAAAAGGAAAACGAGUAACAUGUCGUCAUUGUAAUGCCAAGUAUGUAUUUGGAUCUACUGAUGCUGAGAAUUGUCGAGCACGAGUAGGUCGUCAUGAACCGAAUGUGAUAUUGAAAGAUAAUGAUUUAACUGCCAAAGUUCGAUUAGAUCCUAAAGUCGCAAAAGAAUUAUAUCAUCAAGUGGUAAAAGAUGCGAAUUUUCUAUCACGAUUGGGAAUUAUGGAUUACUCGUUGUUAUUAGGGAUUCAUAAUGUUGAAUAUAUGGUGAAUCCAGAUUUAGAAGAAGAUUCGAGUCUUCCAUCAAAAGAUUCAACAACUGGUCCAAGACGUCGUACAAAUUUCGAUUCGACAAAUACUUUAACUACUUCAACAAGUCAUCGUCGUGAUUCGAAACCACGUAUACAUUUACCACGAGUAGCUACAGGAACACGUCGAGCAAAUACUGUUGUUGGUCCAUCAAUCUAUUACUUUGGUUUGAUUGAUAUUCUUCAAACUUGGAAUAUGGAUAAAAAAUUGGAACGUUUUGCAAAGACAAAAUUAUUAGCAAAAGAUGCGGAUGGAUUAUCUGCUUUACCUCCUGCUGCAUAUUGUGAGCGAUUUAAACGUAAAAUGGGUGAAAUCUUGUCUGUUACAACUCGUGAAGAGUAUUCUGAAGGUUUUCUACAUGAAAGAAGAGAAACGUUGAGUCCAAAUGAUUCAACUCGUCGUUUUUUUUAA